UGGAUGCUUCAGUCGACGAGUUAUUUGACAUUUUAGUUAGUUUUACGUGUAAUUUUAGUCAUUAUGCACGGAAAAAUGGAUUUUCUACAAAUAUUCCUCUUUUUUGUGCUUUUCUCGCCAAUUGCACCAUUCGGAUACACCAAAAGAGAUCUUUCUAUUUAUCACAAAUAUGAGACAAGUGAGUCGUUUUUACCCCAUCUGAAUGAUAAUGAUGUGACGGUUGAGCGAUUUAAGAGACAAGCCACCCCACCGGCAAAGGCUGCAUCAGAAGAAACUGUAACAACGAAAGCCCCCAUAGUUGCCACAAGUUCAGAAGCAUCCAACUCUAGUUCUACAGAGGCCACUGUCACUGUUGAUCCGGUUCUCAAGGACUCCAGACAGCAGCUGUUGGGUGUCAAUGGCACGGGUCAGAGGAAAGUUUACCCAACAACACCACUCCCAACCAAAGUCUCCGAUCCCAUCAACAUUAACACACCACAGGAUUCAGGAUCGUCGAGUAAUCAGAGUUUGGGAAAAUUCCUCGGUGAUGAGGUUAAAGAUGAUGACAUUUCUGUGGAUAAUUUUGAUAAAUUCGACGUGGAUAUGAAUAAAACUCUUCUGGAGCACAACAUCACACAAUUCAAAGAAGAAUAUCAUUCGUACUACAACAGCACAGUCAUGGAGGAUCCUGAUAUGGCUAAUAAAGUAUUGCAGAGUUUAGGGAAUUUAUCAAUCAGUACGCUUCUCUCAAAAUCCCACAGAAGAGCAAUGACGGUUCAGUUGAAAUUUGACUUCCCCUUCUAUGGGAAUCCCCUGCGAAACAUCACAAUUGCAACAGGAGGAUUUCUCUAUACUGGCGAGUACGUUCACUCCUGGUUAGCAGCUACACAGUAUAUUGCUCCAUUGAUGGCUAAUUUCGACUCCCGCAUCUCCGACAAGUCUUAUGUGAAAUAUUUGGAUAACGGAACGGCCUUUACAGUAUUGUGGGAGAAUCUAUUUCUACAGGAUCAUGAAACAGAGAAGCCAUUCACCUUCAGUGCCUCACUCCACAAGAGUGGAGACAUUGUGUUUGCCUACUAUUCCGUACCGAUGCCAAUUGAAGCUAUCAAAGAUGAAAAGCAUCCCGUCAAAGUUGGCCUCUCGGAUGCAUACAUCAGCGACAAGACAAUAUUCUUCGCAAGGAGAAAGACAAUUUAUGAGUAUCAUCGAGUGACUUUCGAGAGCAGCGAUAUCAAGAAUGGAACGGUUAUCUAUCUCAGUGCACAACCAACUUGUCUCUCACUCACUGAUUGUGUAGCGUGCUUGACAAAAUUGAGCUCAUUCAAGUGCAAUUGGUGCCCAACUGUGAAUAGGUGCUCAACAGGAACGGAUCGUCAGAGGCAUGAUUGGGUGCAGAAGGGAUGCGAAAAGGUGCAAAUAGUGGAUGAACUCAAGUGUCCAGCACUCGGUGAAAAGGGUAACAAUGCAAAUAGUGUGCGUGAUAGUUCGGAAAGUGGGGAGAAGCAAUGGGAUGCAUCACAUUCGGGUGCAUCGGAUGGUGAUGGGGGACGUCGUGGGGGUGGUGGUGCGGAUAAUCACGAGGAUGUACACAGAGGCAUUGAUACAGUGUCCAAAGAACUCAUCACAAGUGACUCGAUCGACAAUGGAUCGGGACAUAGUGCUGGUGUUGGAACCGUCCUUGGAUUCCUCAUUCCCAUUGUCCUCAUUCUAUCCGGUGUUCUCUGGAUCUUAUACGCUUACCGCAAUCCACAUACCAAGAGUGGGCAGUUUUUGAUACAGUACCGUCCAAGUCAGUGGUCAUGGAGAAGGGGAGAAGCUCGCUACACGGCUGCAACCAUCCACAUGUAGAGCAAAAGAUGAGGUGUUAUAAAUUGGACAAGAUCUCUGGGGCAUUGUCAAUUUUUUUUUAUUUUCUGGCCAGAGGAUCCUCGAAGAGUUCUUAGAGUUAGGUAUUAACAGUGUGUGUGUGUUUCUUUUGCGAAAAGGACAUUUUUCUUAAAGAUGAACUGAACAAGAAAGUUAUGCACCAAUUUAAGAGAAAGAAAAAUAGUUAAUGAAAAAUGUGAAAGAAAAAAAAACUUCGAAGGAUAAAAAAUCACAACAACGAGAGGAAAAAAUGAAACAAAGUGCUUAUUGUAAUUUAUUAAUAGGGGGUGUAUUGUACACCUUAUAAAAUACCAACAGAGAAAAAGGACAAUUCGCUAGAGAAAAAUUUAAAUUUUACCACAAUUUGACACAUUUGUUGGGCGGGGGGUGGUGGAGAUGUAACAAAAAAAAGUGAAUGUUAGUUUUUUUUUUGCAAAAAAAUGAUCAUUGCAGCUGUGAAUUAUAUAUAGAUAAGAAAAUAACGAGAGAAUAAUUACGAUAAAAAAAUCCUUUUUAAUUCUUUACUUUAUACUCUGAUUUUAUUAAAAUAAUUUUUAUUAUCUAAUUUUAAUAUAAAAUGAAACCUAAUUUUAUUUGUAUAGUCGAAUGGAAGGUUAUAAUGUAGUAAGGGAAGCAACAAAAACACUGUCUUAUAAAAACUUUCUGUCCUAUUUCUUGUUUGUUUGUUUAAAAUUAUUUUAAAAUAUUUUCUUGUAAGAGAAAAAUAAAGAUCUGUAAGAUGUGCACGGAUUUUGGUGAAGUUCAGAACAUUAUAGAAGAUAGUUUGAGCACCAAUUUAUCGAAGAAUGAAUCAUUGUAGACGUUUCUUUUUAUCACACCACAUAAUACGAUGAGAAAGUUAAUAUUUUAAGUGCAAUAUUUUGUAAGGAAACAACAAUGAGGGAGGAAAAGAAAGAAGAAAAAUGAUUAAAGGGGGAAAAUAGAACUAAAACAUAGAGAACAUGUUUGGUUUAUUUUUGUAUAACAAAGCUGAAGGAAAUGAAGAUUUUAUGUUCCCACAAAUGUUGCAAAAAAAUUAAUUGAAUCAUCCCUUGAAGGGACACCUACACUGUAUUUGGCAUUGUUAAAAAAUUUUAAGAAAAUUAUAAGAUAGAGCUGCAACAGUAAUUAAAGAAUUUUUGUUUUUUUAUGCUUCUUUAUAUUUUUUCGUUGAGAGAAUCAUCCUUUUCCCCAUUAUCUGCUAAUUUGAAAAUUUUAUGUAGCAGUUCUACAGACAGAUAAAACACAAUAAAGAAUAAAGGAGAGGAAGAAGAAUAAAAACAGCUAUCUCAUUGCUUAUAAAAAACUUUUAUUUUUAGAGAAAACAUUGAGAAAAAUAGUGCGAGUGAUUGGAAAGUACUCGUUAAUGUAUUUGUGCCUUAAAUUUAAACAACUAUAAAUAAGAGAAUUUUAUGUAAAAUUAGUUCUAUAAAAUACCUACUAAAUAUAAAAUAUAUUAUGUGACCUUCCAUAGAAAGGAUCUGACAAAAAAACAGUGGCAAUCCUCCCGAUGAAAAACUGCAAAAACUCCCUUUUUAACAACUAUUAGAGAAGAACUCCCUUGGCAGCUUUUCCACGUUUCUCCAUAGAAUUCUGUGUAGCUCCAAAUUAGAGAGGAACGUAUAAAAGAUUGUUUUUCUUUAUCUUUUUUUUGUAACACAGUGAAAGACAAGAUAAAAUACAGAGGGAAAUGAGUAGAAAAUAAAA